GGUUUACCCUCCAGGCAUAUGAGUACCAGUAGACACGAAGAGUGACUCAGAGUGAUUCUUUCCACAGCUGCACCAUGGCUUUUCAUUCUUAGCGGAAAACAUGUCAGAUUACUGCAGAGUAUUUAUUGCUCUUUAUCGCCACCCUGUCCGACACCCCACGGCAUAAAAAGGCGGUAGGGUCCGUGGCGUGCCUGAAAUUGUUCCGUCUUCAUCACUAAAGGACUACUAAUACGCGGUUUUGUCUCCAACGCAUGAUGGCUGCAGACGCUUCUGGGGUAGAGGAUUUGUUAAAGAGGUCAUUAUAUGUUUAUAAUCUUCCACAGGAGCUCCUUGGGACUCUAACUACAAAAGCCGGUGAACAGGUCACUUCUCUCGAGACGAACACUGAGGACGUUCGAAAGAAUGUUGAUUCCGAAAUCGAAAAUCAUUUAGUAUCUAAAUCGACAUCUUGUGGUCUUUGCAGCAUAUCCUUCCUGGGCGUCCAAGAGCACAGAGACCAUGUCAGGUCAGACCAUCAUAGAUAUAAUGUGAAGGCGCAGCUGCGAGGGAACCGUACGCUUAACGAGGUCGAAUUUAACAAGGCGAUCGGGGAAUUGGAUGAAUCAAUAUCCGGCUCGGAGUCUUCGGAGGACGAGGACGAUGAGCAAGGCGAGCUGCAAUCCGCAGACGCGACUCUUGGGGCCUUGCUGAAAAAGCAGGCUAGGAUAUCCGAAGCGAAUGGAGACGAUGAACAAGCGCCUAAGAAUGCUUCGACUGGAAGAAGCCCUUUAUUCUGGUUAUCAAGCUCGUUGCUGCCUUCUAACGUCUCUCUGGGCAUCUACAGAGCUCUUUUCACGAGAGUCGAACAGGAUGAACCUGGGCACCUUGUCGAUUCAUUACGGAAAAAACAGCUGUCGCCCAUAUAUCCACAACGAAACAAUAGUUCUGUUCCAGAAAACCCCCCUCCACCUGCGCCGCAUGUCUUCUUAUGCAUGAUAGGCGGCGGUCAUUUUGCGGCGAUGUUGGUUUCUCUGGCUCCAGAGAUCCACCGUCGUCAGGGAGGUGUUGAGGAGAGGCAAGCUCGAGUUAUUGCACAUAAGACUUUCCAUAGAUAUACCACUCGACGAAAACAGGGUGGCUCGCAGGCUGCCAACGAUUCUGCUAAAGGAGCCGCACACUCAGCAGGCUCUAGUUUGAGACGCUAUAAUGAAGCUGCGCUUGAAAAGGAGAUUAGAGAAUUAUUGGGCGAAUGGAGACAGAUGAUUGAUAAAGCAGAGCUACUGUUCAUCCGGGCUACUGGGAGUACAAACAGAAGAAUUCUGUUUGGCGCCUAUGAAGGGCAAUUCUUGAAGCAGAAUGAUCCGAGGCUGAGAGGCUUUCCUUUCAGUACCAGACGAGCUACGCAAGCCGAGCUCAUGAGGUGCUUCAAGGAACUUACAAGGGUAAAAGUGAGCCGGGUUGACGAAGCCGCCCUUGCAGCGGAAGCCAAGCAGCGGGAAGCAGUCUCGAAGCCGCCAACACCAGUACCUCGCCAGCAGAAGCCAAAGAUCACAAAGGAAGAUGAAGCCACAAUGUUACACACCACUCAAAUCCAAGCCCUGAUCCGUCGCUCGAAGAUACCCGCACUGAUGUCUUAUAUUUCUAAGAACUCGAUACCCGCAUCCUUUAGAUUCAGGCCCUCCGAUUCUCCACAGAAUUUCCGUUGUCCUACACCGCUCCAUUUUGCGGCGAACACUAAUUCCUCGUCCGUUGUUCUAGCCCUUCUUACAAAGGCUGGCUUUGAUCCGACGGCAGUUAAUGAUGAAGGGAAGACGCCCUUUGAGCUCGCUGGAGAUCGAGCUACUCGCAAUGCUUUUCGCAUUGCCCGCCACGAACUCGGUGAGUCGAGUUGGAACUGGGAUGCAUCACACAUCCCGUCGGCGCUUUCCAAGGAGGACGUGGACAGCAGAAUGGAGAGAGAACGGAAGGUAGCUCAAGAGGAAGAGGCAAACAGGCGUAAGGCCGAAAUGGAACGCCUAAGGAGGGAAGAAGCCGAGAGGGCAGCUUGCGCCCAGCCCCAGAAGACCGGUGGGCGAACUCUAGGAGCUAUUGAGAAGACUGCCGCGGAUAAGAGAGAGGAAGAGAUGCGGGGAAUGACUCCCGAGAUGAGAAUGAGGCUGGAAAGAGAGCGCCGGGCAAGAGCUGCUGAGGAACGCAUUCGACGGAUGCAAGGGAAAUGACAGCUGGGACGGGCACUGCCAUGAUUUUCAUUUCGAGCCAUACUGUACUAGAAGUGCCAUCGAUACUCGAAGAUAAUGCCAGCCGUUCUUCAGCCUAUAUUCCGUGAUUUAGCGAUUUUCAUGAAAUAGGAUUUACAAUCUGGUGCCGUAGGUGGUUGUAUAUCUGUAAGAGACAGUGAAGAUGUAUUCUGCGCUAGUAAGAAUCACAGCACAAAUUCCGCAUUGGCAAGCUGCCAGACUUCAUUUUACAUAUUUAUAUGUCGUUGGAAUUUCCGAGAAUGUCUGGCAGAGAAUAUGAAAAGAUGGAUUCAC